ACUAACCAGUUAGUGUUUCGCAGACUUGGUUUCUGCGCAUGCGCAGAAGUAGUGUUGACAGGAGAAAGAAAGCAAGGACUCCAUUUUCUUCUUUGUAUCCAAGAAAGUAUACAAAUAGGGGCCCAGGGAGUGAAGAGAACCGUCUACUUCUAUACUAUAAAGAGAGACAGAGAAAGAAGCAAGCUGAACUGAGUUAAUUGGCUGUCUCUGCUCCCUGGAACAGGAGAUAAAGACUAUUUUUAGAGUGUGUGUCUAUAUGUGUGUGUAUUGUAUGUGUGUGUGUCAUUAAUAUGUUAAGUGUCUGGCUCUCUGUCAUGAUUAUACCUAUACAACGAGAAUUCUAUAAACAAGAAGGUGACAACAACAGGAAGACGAGGAAAAGGGAUAGAGAUGGUUUAUAUAAAGGAGAACAGAAAUGAGUUCCCUCUCUCUAUCCCCCGUCUCCUCCGCUACUGGUUGACAGAAACUUCAUACUAUGGAGAGCCUACCUACGUACUACAUGAUAAAGCAUGCUUCGUUUGAAGAAGAGCUAAACCUACAAGCCUGUAUAUAUAUUUAAAAUAGUAUUUUCGUGUCGAGAGCUUGUACUGAAUACAAAACAUUAUAUAUGUAUAUGCGUUCUUUGUGCCAACAUGUAUUAUAUUAUGUUUUAUUUCAUUCUUCUAUGUAUAGGUUCUGAAAGCUUAAUAAAAUAAUAGCACAUAAAAUGGCUGCUGAAAGCAAUUAUGGUGGCUCUGCUAUCCAAACAAUAGAUCCAAGGGCUCGCUACACACUGGACAAACUGGACAGUCUUGUUGGCUCAUCCGGUAGCUUACGCUCGGCCCAGGAAGUACCAAAACUAAUCAGUUUGAUGAAGGAGACCACAGAGUCCCGUCAUCCAUUGCUACUAAUCAACAGAUGUCUCAUACUUAAUGUACUCCAGGCUACGAAGGCACAGUCAACCUUAUCAAAGUUCAUGGAAGGUGGUGGGUGGAGCUUGUUGAAUGUCUGGCUCUCUGACGGAAAGAAAUCUCAAAAUGUCGCCUUUUUAUUAGAAAUUUUGCAAGUGUUGCAGAAAUUGCCAGUCAGCAUCGUAGCUCUAAAACAGGGUAACUUGGGGAAACUUGUAAAGCAGUUGUCAAAGCAUGAAUCACCAGAAGUGAAGUCUUUGGCUAACGAUAUUCUGUCAAAAUGGAUGGCAGUUUUCAGAGAAGGGCAGGCAGCUCGAGGUAAAGCCACGCCCACAGGAAGUAAACUAGAGGGAGGUCCCUCUACUGGUCCUACCUCAAGUGCUCAAUUGGACGAAUCAACUCGAGUAAAAGAGAAAGAGAGAGAGGAAAGGAAAGCUGCCAAGAAGCUAAAGAAAGAGCUACAGAAUGCGGAGGCCCAAGGGGCAGUGCCCCUGGGCCCUCUUGUAGCAUUAGGCAAACCAAGAGACAAACUAAAAAAGAGACCAAGGGAUUUGUCUAUUACCAAGUCUGUGCCUGAAAAGAAGCCGAAGAUGUCUCCUUCUCUAUCGAAUGCAGGCGAUGAGGAAGAGAAGGCUCAAAAGACAGAAAAAGGCUUAAUGGAAAGUAAUAUCUUUAUGGACACACUGAGCAGCCAAGCAGCUGCCAAAUGGCAAGAAAAGAGAAUCAAAAAACUCAACAAAUCAGGACCGAAGCCAUCACCAACGCAGACGAAGGCUCCUAGCGAUAUCGAGACCCCGCCCACCUCAGCAGACCCACUACACCCACUCACUAACGGACUGGAUGCUACUAACGGGGACGAAGGUGAGAACGAGGUUGAUAAAAUGGAGACCAGUGACUCGGAAUCCAAGAAACCAAAAAAGAAGAAAGUCUCGUGGGCAGAUGACAAGAACCUGGUAUCGAUACACUAUUUUGAAAUGGACGAAUCUGAGAGAACAAAUGUUUCUUUCGGUAAAAGUUUUCUCGACGCUGCUCAACGUGAGAAGCUAAUGGAGAAAGAAGCUCUAUCUUCCAUUGCUUAUAAUCAACUGGUUGAAGUGAUGCAGUGGUACAGACCAUUCCUUAUUGAUUGCAUUGAAUUAGCUCAGAGAGGAAAGGACAGCAAUGAGAAACUAGUACAAGCUCAGAGAGAGGAAACAGUCCUUGCUCAACUGUUUCUGAGUAAAUCCUCCGUGCUACCAACUCCAACAGAGCCAGACCCUGUUCCCGAGAAUGAUGAAGGAAUGGAAGAAAAAGUUAGAGCGAUACCAUUACUAGAACCUGGUGCUCCAGCUGCUCCCUCCCUCCCUCCCUUUUCCGGUCCCCCGUACGGGCCAGUAGGAGAUCAACGUCUAUUCAACGAUCAUCAAUCAUAUAAUCAAGAACCUCAGAAUCACUCCCCUCACUAUUAUCAAGGCGGUUCACCUGGUGCUUUUCCCCCGGGGGAUCCUAAUUUUAGAGGACCUCCGGACCCCAUGGGACAGAAUUACCCUGCCCCUCAUUAUGGGUACCCCCCUCACCCUUCAUCUAUGGACUAUCAGUAUUAUCCAGACACUAAUGGAGGAGGCGGAGCCCAUCACUCAACAAGAGGGCGGGGUAGAGGAAGAAAUCGAUUCUCAAAAGGUAACAUAUGUAAACACUUCAUAUCCCACGGCUGUCGUCUUGGCAGCAACUGUCGGUUCCUACACAUAGGCCCAGAAGAGCUCAAAAACUCUCCAGAGACUGAUGGCGAGGCUCGUUUGACUGGAGACUUAGGGAAAGAAAGAGAGAGGGAAGAGAGAGUCGUCAGUCCGGAUCAAAGAACUUGAUUUAGUUCUUUUUUUUCUUUUUUGUGUAUUUUUGUAUCAUGAUGAAUGAAAGCCAUUUUAUUUAUUUGAUAAAAUUGACUUAUAAUCUUUCUUCCAGCUGUCAUUUUCCCUCCCUCACUCAUCAAUUUAACCAUCAACACUUCGUCCAUCUUUAAUAAUAAUGAUGAUAAUAAUAAUAAUAAUGUCAUAUUGUUGAUCAGUACACGUACGUACUAUUGCUAUUAUCUUUAAUGAUUGUUGUUUAUAACGUUUAUAAUAAAUAA